UGACAGGCUGCAGUGACACUGAAAGGUCAAAAAGGCGCAGCCCGACAAACCAAACUCGUGUGAUACGUUAGGCUACAGUUCAUUAAUGAAACGACAUUUUCCCCUUUUGGCACAGAAAAUAACAGAAUUUGUCUGGAAAUAUUGCAAAAUGAAAUCUGAUUAUAGGCUAGAGAACGUGCCUUUAUGUUUCAGGGUAUUUGAUGUCAGGUAGGAUUUAUAUUCUUUAUUUGUUUAGUAUCCAAAAAAGAAGCACUUCAUUCAUUAAAAAACUGGACUCCUUUAAACUUUUAUCAGAAUAUCCAAAACCCGCAGCAAUUUUAAAUAAUCCGAUUACAAAGUGAGUUCAUUCACCAAAUCCUCAGGUGUUUAAAGGUAGACACACCGUCUAUGUCACGUGUGAAUAAAACAUGACAGCCCUUUCUGAAGCACGGGUGAAGGAGGCUACUUUCUUGUAGCCGGUCACGCAAUGAGAAGUUUCGUCCAUUGUGUUUGUCAGUGAUUCCCGUAAAUGUUUCCACUACAGGAAGUUGUGGGCACGCAACAUAUCUUGUCGAGCUUCUUAUUGUUUAUUUGACAUCCCGAAAAUGCUACCGUAAAGUCCGCAUCGAUCAACUUGGAUUAUAAUGAGUUACGUGAUGAAAUGGAAUGAAAUGUAGAGAUACACAAUAGGUAUUCACACAGGUUAAUAACACAAAAAAAAUGUUAAAAACAAUUAAAAAAAAUAAAAACAAAAAUCAUUAGUUACUCAGAAAAACACAAUAAAAGCUACAAUAAAAAUAGAGUUAAUGAAGUUACAUAAUGAGGAAAAAAUGGGUGUAGUCAGUUGUAAAAAAAUAAAAAUAAAAUAAUAAUCAGGUGCUCUUCAAGGAUGGGGCAAAGAGUCACUUUAAGAUAGGACUGUCCAGCUCACCCAGUGUAAAAGUCCAUAGUACAAGCAGUCCAAAAAAUGUAUCUGUAGUUAUAAAAAAACUUUAUUAAUACACGAAUAACCAACGCGUUUUGACUAGAGAGUCUUCAUCACACCCUGAUGAAGCUCACCAGUCGUUGUUUAUUAAUCUUUAAAUGAAAUAACAGAUAAUUGGAUGUAACGUCAAGUUAUGCAAAAGCUGUAUUUAGAAAUCUUAUGUGUGAGAGCAGGGUCAGAAGAAUCUCUUAAGGUGCAGCGAUGGAGCGCUGGUCCAGCAUUAUUACAUUUGAUAUAGAAAUGUAGAAUUCAUUUACAAAUAAAAUAAGAAAUUGACAAGCAAACAAACAAUGAAAUAAAUGCAUGACAAAUACGAUAAAAUACAAUAAAAUCCCAACGCAAAAUGUGUCACUACGUUUAAAUAUUCCUUGCAGCUUGCUCUUCUGUCUGAUAUUAACUUCUCCUCACUAAUACAGAAAAAUCGUCAUGUAAUUUAAAAACUUUUACAUUAUAUAUCAAUGACGUUAAUCUUCAGUGAGAGGAUGCACCUAUGUUUUUUCUCACUGCUCUGUUCCGUGAUUGGCACUUGAACUGGCUCAACAGGAAUGCCGCCGCUGUGUAGGAAGAACUAUGAGGAAAAGAUAAUAAGUUAUUGGCAAAGUUCCUGGCAACCUGCAGCACCACCAGGACUAGCCUAUAAAUAGGCUCGGCAUUAUUAUGAGCAGUAGUUACAGGUUAGUAGAGCUACUGGAUGCUACGGGACGUUGGAGUACACGCUUCUAAAAGAUGAACUGGUUUCUGUGCCUGACUGCUGCAGGUCUUUACCUGUGCUUACAAUGCCAGGUGAAUACUGCAUCCCAUGUGAGCAAGACUAACAUUGAAAGAGCUGUGGUCGCUGCCAAGGCUGCGGUGGACUCAGCGUAUGAUUACUCCAGGAGCGUGAGCAUUGAACGCCUCAGGAGGAAUGUAGUGAGUCCUGCAGACAUCCUGCGCAUCUUGAAGCAGCCUGUUGGGGCAACCCGUACCGCUGUGCGUGCUGCUGACUACAUGGAUUAUACUGUUAAACUGAUCACGAGCUCGUUGGAAAGACGUCAGAGACGCUCCAUCAAUGCCACAGAUGUGCUCGAUGAUGAGGAUCUGGCCUUCAUCGCUGAGCUGACAGGCUGCUCCCCCCAGCAUCGUGUCCCUUCCUGCAGGACGACUGCCAAUUUGGACAAGUUUCGCACUGUAAGCAGCGUCUGCAACAACGAAGAAAACACCCGCUGGGGGUCCGCCAACACAGCUUUCAUCCGCUGGCUCCCUGCUGAGUACCAGGAUGAAAUCUCACUGCCUAAAGGGUGGGACCGUACUCGCAACGUCAACGGACACAUACUUCCCUUGGUGAGGGAGGUGUCUAACCAUAUUAUGCGCACAGCAAAUUCUGAUGUGGAGAGCGACCCACUCUACACUCACCUGGUGACGAUCUUUGGCCAGUGGACUGACCACGACCUGACCUUCACUCCUCACUCUCCUGUCAUCCGCUCAUUCAGUAACGGUAUUGACUGUGAAAGGAGCUGUGAACGCACAGAGCCCUGCUUCCCCAUCGAGGACAGUAUUCCUGAGCAAGACCCCCGCUUUGGCAAUAACUCAGACCACUGCAUGCCCUUCUUCCGCUCAUCAGCAGCCUGUGGUUCUGGCAACACAGGCCAAUUCUUUGGUGCAAGCAACGUCCGUCAGCAGAUGAACUCCCUCACAGCUUUCAUUGAUGUGGGUCAGGUGUACGGUGCAGACAAUGUCAAAGCUCGCUUCUUACGCGACCUCACCACAGAUGAGGGUCUGAUGAGGGUCAACACAGCCUACACUGACAACGGACGUGAGCUCCUGCCCUUCGCCAGCUUAGUGAGCAACAUGUGUGCCACCCGAGCUCGUAUCACUAAUGACGCUAAUGCAGAGGAGGUGCCCUGCUUCGUGGCUGGUGACGAGCGUAGCAAUGAGAACAUCGCCCUGACCUCUUUACACACACUGUUCAUGCGUGAGCACAACCGACUGGCACGUGCUCUGGCCGCACUCAAUCCUCACUGGGAUGGAGAGAGACUCUACCAGGAGGCGCGCAAAAUCAUGGGAGGAUACUCGCAGGUUAUCACUUACAGAGAUUACCUACUCCACAUUGUUGGUCCAGACACCAUAGCGAGGCAGCUGUCCACCUACCCCGGUUAUGAUGAAAACGUGGACCCCAGCAUCUCCAAUGUGUUCGCCACAGCUGCCUACCGAUUCGCUCACCUGAUGGUUCAGCCUUUCAUCUUUCGUCUUGAUGAGAAUUACCAGGAACACCGUGAUUACCCAAGCCCACUGCUGCACAAAGCUUUCUUUGCACCGUGGAGAAUCACCUUUGAAGGUGGUUUGGAUCCAAUCAUCAGGGGCUUGGUGGGUCAUAAGGCCAAGCUGAACACACAGGAUCACAUGAUGCCUGAUGAGCUGAGGGAUAAGCUGUUCAAAUUCACUUCUCACUUGGCCCUGGAUCUAGCUUCUCUCAACAUGCAGAGAGGCAGAGACCAUGGAUUACCAGGCUACAAUGCAUGGCGCAGGUUCUGCGGGCUGACGCAGCCACGGAAUCUAGCAGAACUGACUCAAGUGAUGAACAGCUCUUAUAUGGCCCAAAAACUUUUGGAUCAGUACAGCACACCUGAGAACAUCGAUGUGUGGCUGGGAGGAGUGUCUGAGCCAUUUGUCCGUGGAGGAAGAGUCGGACCCCUGUUUGCCUGCCUGAUUGCCACUCAGUUUGAGAAGAUCCGCCAGGGAGACAGACUCUGGUGGGAGAAUGACGGAGUCUUCACUGAGGCCCAGAGGCAGUCCCUGAGGGACACAUCACUUGCUCGGAUCAUCUGUGACAACACUGGUAUCACUGAGGUACCAGACCAGCCCUUCCAGUACCGGCCUCGAGGAUUCGGUUACACCAGGUGUGAGGACAUCAGAACCUUUGACCUCAGUCCAUGGAGGGAGAAUACACAAGAACCAAAUGGAAACCAAGGACCACCAGGACCCCCAGGACCCAUGGGACCACAUGGCCCACCUGGCCCUCCUAGCAGCGUUGCAAAUGUUGCCUUCACUGUGAGACUGGGCAGCAACAACCCCAGUUCAGGUGGGCCCAUUGUCUUCCAUGAACCAAUCUACAAUGAACAACACAGCUAUAACAUCUGGACAGGGUAUUUUACGUGUGAGCACCCAGGUGUGUAUGAAUUCAGCUUCCACUGCACCAUCUACAAUCGCGAUGCCGUUGUGGAUCUGAAGCGUAAUGCAGAACUCAUUCUGCACUCAUUCACCACCCGUCAGAACGGUUACGUCACAGCCAGUGGCAGCACGUACAUUAAGCUCAAGAGGGGAGACAGGGUCUUUCUGGAGACCGGCCAAGGUAGCAACGGUCUGACACGUGACAGCUACUUCUCAGGGCAUUUCCUGUACACUGACUAGGGGCCUGAAGUGCUGCAGGAGGGGUGAGAUCCUUUCCAGUUUGCACAGUGCAGUUCCUUGCAUUGCACUAACGGUUGCACAGGUUAAUGAAGGCAUAUUUAUAAUGCACUGAUACAUGCACUAGUAAUUUAAUAGAAAGGGCAUUGUUUAUUCUACAUAUUUUGUGAAAUAAUUGAAAAACUGUGAAAAUUAUUUGACUUAAUAUGUGCUUUUUUUCUAAUUAUCUUUUAAAUAAGUCAUGUAUUGCUUAAUAUUGUCUUUUCCUCUUUUCUGAAAAGCAUACAGUAUGGUUGAUUUUUUACAGCCCAUGAAAUAAAUAAAUGCAAAUGAAUGUAAACUAUCAUGUAAUCUCCAAAUAAGAUACAGGUGCAAGAACUGUCUUUUAAAACCUUUCUAUUUUUUAUUUUUUGGAGCACACUUUUGGUUUUGCAGAAUUUGAGUCUAAGUCAUGUUAAGUUUGACAUUAAUAAAGGAUUGUUGUACAGAUUAA